AUGGACACCAACUGGGGCGUUGGCGUCGGCGUUGACCUGAACGCCCCGCCGCCCACCGGCGGCGACGACUGGCGCGCCCAGCUCUUGCCCGAGGCGCGCAGCAGGGUCGUCAACAAGAUGAAUUCAGAAUUGGAGAUCUACCUCAAUUGGCUGCUCUGCCUACUCGUUCCACCAUACAUCUCAGAUGCCACAUAUUUUAUCCACAUUUUGCAUUGUACGUGUAGAAUGGAAUGUCUGAAGAAGCAUUUGCCGGUAUCAGUGCCAGAGGGACUGAACGAACUUCAAAUCAUCGCGGUGCGGUUCGAAGAUAAGAUCUAUACUGCAGCGACCAGCCAGUCUGAUUAUUUGCGGAAGAUCUCUCUGAAAAUGCUAUCUAUGGAGACGAAGGCACAACAGGCUCCUGGAAAUGCUCAAGUGAUUCCAAAUCUAAACAACCCCGGUCAAGCAUCAUGUUUAAGAAUGCCCGACGGAACCCCCUGGCGGCCCAUCCAGGGUUCAGACCCCGCUGCAGUCGCCGCUGCUGCCGGCGUUGAUCCGAACGCCCCGCCCCUCACCGGAGGUGAUUGGCGCCCCCAGCUUCAGCCUGAGGCGCGCAGCAGGAUCGUCAAUAAGAUAACGGAAUGUCUGAAGAAGCAUCUGCCAGUAUCAGUGCCAGAGGGACUGAACGAACUUCAAAAAUUCGCUGUGCGAAGCGAAGAGAAGAUCUAUACAGCAGCGACCAGCCAGGCUGAUUAUUUGCGGAAGAUUUCUCUGAAAAUACUAUCUAUGGAGAAGAACACAUAA